CCAAAUUAGGAUGAAGCAAAAUGAUCAGAACUUCGCCAGAAAACGAGCUGGGACUGGGAAACGCUUGAAAGGGGCAAGGCACACCCAAACGGAAUCUAGUCUCACUCCUUAAGGAAAUACCCUUUUUAACCUUCCCCCUUCUGGCUUUAUAUCUAACUUCUCCGAGUCCGUUCUGGUCCUUCUAGCCCUAAAGCCACAUAGACUCUGUGUCUCUCCAGGAGUAAUCAUCCAGACACCAAGAAAGAGGUAAUAAAAGCAAAUGGUCCAUAGAAAAGGAUCAACUAGGGUUUCGGAAGAUGCAGAAGAGCUUGUCCGCGUCCCUCUUCAGGCCAUUCUGUUGGCGGACAGCUUCGCCCAGAAGUUCCGUCCCAUCACCCUUGAACGCCCCAAAGUACUGCUGCCAUUGGUGAAUGUCCCCAUGAUAGACUACACGUUAGGGUGGCUUGAGUCUGCUGGGAUUGAGGAGGUUUUUGUCUUUUGCUGUGCGCAUUCGAAACAGGUUAUUAAAUAUUUGGAGAAUUCCCAUUGGUUUUCUUUGCAACACUUUGAGGUCACCACAAUAGAGUCACACAAUUCUGUCUGUGCCGGUGAUGCUCUGCAUCUGAUUUACGAGCGGCAUGUGAUACAUGGAGACUUCGUCCUUGUUACUGGAGAUACAGUAAGCAACAUGUCGCUUACACAGGCACUUCAAGAACAUAAGGGUAGAAGGAAGAAGGAUAAUAAUGCUGUAAUGACUAUGGUUAUUAAACGGUCAAAGCCUUCUCUGAUUACUCAUCAAUCUCGACUUGGUACUGAUGAGCUGUUUAUGGCAAUUGAUCCUUACACGAAGCAACUUCUAUAUUAUGGGGAUAAGGCAGACUGAAAGGGACUUUAUCUCUUGAGAAAAUGUUACUAGCUGACAAUCCUUCAAUUUCCCUCCACAAUGACAAGCAGGAUUGCUAUAUUGACAUCUGCUCCCCGGAAGUCCUCAGUAUUUUCACUGACAAUUUUGACUAUCAACAUCUGCGGCGUCAUUUCAUCAAGGGAUUGCUUGUCGAUGAUGUUGUUAUUGGACAAGAAUUUGUUGUUCCUGUGUACUCAUAGGUAUCUUUACUUCAACAGCCAACUAAGCAAGAUAGUGAUGAGGAGCUGGAGUAUGCUGAUCAUAGCAGCGGGGUUGUAGAAAUUCCAUGUAACUCUUCAUGCACCAUAUAUCUCAAACUAACUUUUGACUUGUUUAAUAAAUCAACAUGUUGUGUACGUUUUAAGGCCAAAUCUGAGCUUAAAAUUUUCCUUUAUAUACAAGCCAUUUUGAUUCUGUUAAUUGUGAUUCUUGAAGAACUAUCUUGCUAGUUUGACAUUGUCUUUCAUGGCAGAGUUCUGUUAGAUAAUAACCUUGUACAAACCCUGUUUACUGAAAUUGCAGCUCCUUUGGGGUGUUAAA